AUCAAAUAGUAUCUUGCUACUUCAUCUUCUUCUCGGACUUCGCGGACUAUUACUGAUAAUCCACUCUUUCAACGUCUUGCUCAUCAAGUGGAUCCUGUGAAAGUGCCCUUAUUGUCUCACGACUCAGAUUCAGACGAUUCUAUUACAUCUUACAGAGAUAUGGCACAAAAUAGGACGUUGAAAGAGUUGGCUGCGCCAGAUAUUGAUCAACAACCGCUAUGCAUUCAAUAUGCACCUCUUGAUGUGAAUUUUGAGCUUAAGUCGGGCCUCAUUCAUCUAUUGCCAUCGUUCCAUGGGCUGCCUGGUGAGGAUCCGAAUAAUCACCUCAAGGAGUUCCAUAUUGUAUGCUCCAGUAUGAAGCCAGCCUCAGUGACAGAAGAACAGAUAAAACUCCGAGCUUUUCCUUUCUCUCUAAAGGAUUCAGCAAAGGAGUGGCUGUAUUAUCUCCCCCCUGGUACUGUGGAGACCUGGAACACUAUGAAGACCUUGUUUUUGGAGCGGUAUUUUCCAGCGUCUAAAGUGGGGAGUAUAAGGAAAGAAAUUUGUGGCAUCAGGCAGGCUGUGGGAGAAUCACUCUAUGAUUACUGGGAGCGCUUUAAGCGGUUGUGUGCUAGUUGUCCUCACCAUCAGAUCAGUGAGCAACUAUUGAUUCAAUAUUUCUAUGAGGGAUUACUGCCGUUGGACAGAAGUAUGAUUGAUGCAGCCAGUGGAGGGGCACUAGUGGACAAGACUCCUGCAGCAGCCAGGAGCUUGAUUUCUAAUAUGGCAGCUAAUUCCCAACAGUUUGGCACUCGCCAGGAGCAUAUGUCAUCUUCAAGAAAGGUUAACGAGGUGCAAACUACUGUUGAUAAUCAACUUGGUCAACAGAUAGCUCAACUGACUUCAGUGGUACAACAAUUAGCUUUGGGCCAACAGGUGCGGCCAUGUGGAAUCUGUCAAGUAGUGGGGCACCCUACUGAUACGUGCCCCAUUCUAGUAGAGGGAGAAACUGCGGGUGUUAACGCUGUAGGAAAUUUUCCUGGUCAAUUACGUCAGAUGUAUUAUGAACCAUUUUCACAAACCUAUAAUCCUGGCUGGCGUGAUCAUCCAAACCUUCGAUAUGGGAAUCAACAACAACUAGCUCCACAACCAACAGCAGCAAGACCACCUGGGUUCACUACACAACAGAGGUCUCAAAAUAAUUAUGUACCUAGACCAUCACAACCACCGCAGGCUGCUCCACCACCAAAUGCUAAACCUUCUACUGAGGAUUUAAUCAAUGCCCUUGCCACAAAUACUCUUCAAUUUCAGCAAACCACCCAAGCUUCCAUCAAGAGUUUGGAGAAUCAGGUGGGACAAUUAGCGGCAUCAUAUAACCGGUUGGAGGCUCAUCUGUCUAAUAAAUUGCCUUCACAACCUGAGAUGAAUCCCAAAGAGAAUGCUAGUGCAGUAACUUUGCGUAGUGGGACGCAAUAUGAUCCACCUAAUCCUCCAGUGCCCAGUACAUUGUCAUCCAAGCCACAAGUUGAUUGCUCAGUCAAUGAUGAUGUUCCACCAAAGCCAACCACCCCUACACAACUCAGCCCUAAGCCUACUAUUGUCAUUCCACCUCCUUUCCCAAGCAGACUGAAAAAGACUAAAAAGGAAGAGGUUGACAAGGAGAUUCUUGAUACAUUCCGAAAGGUAGAAGUGAAUAUUCCUCUUCUUGACGCUAUUAAACAAGUGCCGCGCUAUGCCAAGUUUCUGAAAGAGUUGUGCACUAAUAAGCGUAAGUUGAGGGGUAAUGAAAAAGUUAGUGUGGGGGAGAAUGUUUCCGCAGUUCUACAAAAGAAGCUUCCACCAAAGUGUAAGGAUCCUGGUACUUUUACUAUCCCUUGCACUAUUGGGAAUAAAAGAAUUGAGCGGUGUAUGUUGGAUUUGGGAGCCUCUAUCAAUGUCAUGCCAUUCUCCAUUUAUGCUUCAUUGAAUCUCGGUCCACUUGAAGAAACAGGGGUGAUUAUUCAACUUGCUGAUAGGUCGAAUGCUUAUCCCAGGGGUGUAAUAGAAGAUGUUUUAGUUCAAGUUAAUGAAUUGGUGUUUCCGGCUGAUUUUUAUGUUCUUGAUAUGGAAGAUGAAUCUAUUCCAUGCUCCACUCCAAUUUUGUUGGGAAGGCCAUUCAUGAAAACUGCGAGAACUAAAAUUGAUGUGCAUGACGGUACGUUGACCAUGGAAUUUGAUGGGGAGACUAUUCGAUUUAAUAUUUUUGAGGCUAUGAGAUAUCCAAGUGAUGUGCACGCUGUUUACUCUAUUGAUGUGUUGGAUAGUCUUUCUCAACGAGUUUUAGAUUUGCAUAGUGAAGAUGAUUUGGAGGUUGUGUUGAGAGAGCAUCUUGUGUUGACCGAUGAAGAUUUGUCUCAUGAGAUCAUGGAUGUCAUAACCACACUCAAUAGUGGUUUUGACAAGACUUUUAAGAAGGUUGCAUUUCUUGAUUUGCCGAUUUCUAAUGAGAAAUUGCAGCCGUCAAUUAUUGAAGCUCCUACACUUGAAUUGAAGCCUCUCCCGGAGCAUCUCAAAUAUGUUUACUUGGGGAAGAACGAGACACUUCCUGUUAUAAUUGCAAGAAAUCUUAACCAAGGUCAAGAAGAAAAAUUAAUGAGAGUACUCCGAGAGUAUAAAACAGCCAUUGGUUGGUCUAUUGCGGAUAUUAAGGGGAUUAGCCCUUCCAUGUGCAUGCACCGAAUUUUACUUGAAGAAGGGUUUAAACCAACACGUGAGGCGCAACGGAGAUUAAACCCACCAAUGAUGGAAGUUGUGAAGAAGGAGAUUCUGAAGCUCCUUAGUGUGGGUGUGAUUUACCCAAUCUCUGACAGUAAAUGGGUGAGUCCAGUUCAAGUGGUACCCAAGAAGUCUGGCAUUACUGUGGUGAAGAAUAAUGAGAAUGAGUUGGUUCCAACUCGAGUUCAAACAGGGUGGCGGGUGUGUAUUGAUUACCGCAAGCUAAAUUCGACAACUCGAAAGGAUCACUUCCCCCUACCAUUCAUUGAUCAGAUGCUCGAGAGAUUGGCUGGCCACCCCUAUUACUGUUUCUUAGAUGGUUAUUCGGGGUAUAAUCAGAUUGUCAUAGCCCCAGAAGACCAGGAGAAGACGACUUUCACAUGUCCCUUUGGCACAUUUGCUUUUCGGAGAAUGCCAUUCGGUUUAUGCAACGCUCCUGCUACAUUUCAGAGAUGUAUGGUUAGUAUCUUUUCAGAUUACAUUGAGAGCAUUAUUGAGGUGUUCAUGGAUGAUUUCAGUGUAUAUGGCGAUUCAUUUGAUAAAUGCCUGCAUAAUCUUACUUUGGUUCUCAAACGCUGCAUUGAGACCAAUCUAGUUUUGAAUUGGGAGAAAUGCCAUUUUAUGGUACAGCAGGGGAUUGUUUUGGGACAUGUUAUCUCGGAAAAAGGAAUUGAAGUGGACAAGGCCAAAGUUGAUCUCAUUCGGUCUUUACCACCUCCAUCUAGUGUCAAGGAAAUACGGUCGUUUCUUGGUCAUGCGGGUUUCUAUCGACGAUUUAUAAAGGACUUCUCUAAAAUCUCUACACCACUGUGCAAGCUCCUCCAAAAAGAUGUUAAGUUCGAGUUUGAUGAGAAGUGUCUACUAGCCUUUAACAUAUUGAAAGAAUCGUUGACUACAACUCCUAUUAUCCAGCCACCAAAUUGGGAGUUGCCUUUUGAGCUAAUGUGUGACGCUAGUGAUUAUGCAGUGGGUGUAGUCCUAGGGCAGCGUGUAACGCCCUGGAUAGCCAAGACCGUUACACUGUGUGUUUAUAAAGUGCCAGACUUGCUAACCAAGUCGUUAAAGUAAAACGUGUUACUGAAACAGUAGAGGAACUAGGGUUAAAAGUGUUUUGGUCUCAAAAGUUACAUUUUCAUUACUAAACAUUGUUUCAUUACAUGGGAUCCCGAAAAUGACAGUUUCAAAGGUCAUUUACAAAAUUUACAAGGUUUAAAUACAUUAGCGGCCGUACUAAGGCAAAAUGAGCAGUUAGGUAGUCUCUGUCCUGACACACUCCUCGACCAUGGUGAUCGAACGGCUGGCUAUGUACAUUACACCUCAGAGCUCUCCACCUCAGUCUUGGUCCAGCUUGCCCUUGCCCUUACCUGCACCACGAAGCACCCGUGAGCCAAGGCCCAGCAAGAAAACACAGCAAUGACAGAGCAUUAACAAUUAGCAAUCAAGUCAUUUACUCAUAUAGCAUCUCAUAAAUUCCAAGUAUAUCAUCAUUCAAGCAUACCACAUACUAAGGAUUUCAUCUCAUAAAACAUAAUGCACAGACGAUAACCAGGGCUAGCGCCCACAGGCUGCUCCCUCUGUUAUCCUAAUGUUUCUGGCUCCCGGUGGCCAAUUCGCGCCCCGUGCGCUAAAAUUAUGAACGGUACUCUUAGACCGCUUAUACGUGUCCCUUGGCAUAAUACCAACGAUGACACAAUACAACUCUCGGGAGCACUUAGUCCCAUUCACAACCAUAUAUUCGGGUGCGGUUUUCUUACCUUUAGCUUUCAAAUGAGUUAGUUACGGGCGAUACUCCUUGAGCGCGAUCCGAUCCUCAAGCCCUAGCUCAGUACCUAGUCACAACCAUGAAGGAAGACACCAUUAACAACCUUAAAUGAGUUCCCAAGCCAAGUUCUAGUACUCGGAACAUUGAACUUCACCAAAUAUAGUAAAAGACUCAACCCCGAGCACCUUAGGUUAAAUUUCCAAGCCUAAAAUCUCAAAAUCCCAAAAUCCCUUAAGCGCCCCGGCAUAGG